UUGAUCUCAGUCAAAGUUGGCUUCAAGGGCCUUUGCGUUCCAAUAGCAGCCUCUUCACCUUAAGUCAACUUGAGAGACUCAACCUUGCCAGAAACUACUUCAAUUAUUCCAAGAUUCCAUCAAGCUUUGGUCUGCUUUCAAGGUUAACCCAUCUCGACCUCUCUAGCUCCUUUUUUUCUGGUCAGGUCCCAUAUGAAAUUGCUUUGUUGUCCAAUAUGAUUUUUCUUAAUCUCUUUGCUUUUUAUCCUCGUGUUAGUCUUUCAUAUAGUACGACAAUAAAACUUGCCCAAAACAUGACCAAGUUAGAAGAACUUCACUUGGACUACGUGGAUCUUUCUUCAACCCUACCUAAAUCCAUUGCAAAUCUAUCCUCCUUGAUAUCUCUAUCACUUACUGGCUGCAAUCUGCAUGGUCAAUUUCUCCAAAAUAUUUUUCAUCUACCAAAUAUUCAAGUCAUUGAUGUUUCAUCCAAUCCUAACCUCAAUGGUUUUCUUCCCAUUAAUUUUAGUUCUCCAAAAUAUCUCGUUGUCAUCCCAAUUGACGAUUCUAAGGUUGAAUGGGAACAAGCUAACAAAACAAAUUCCAAGCUCAAUUUUUGAAAUGAAAAAACUGGAAGAGCUCUUCCUCAAUGAAAAUUACUUCAGUGGCACAAUAGAGAUGCACAUGUUCUCAAAGUUGAGCCGUCUUCAAUAUCUUCAUCUUUCACAUAACAAUCUAUCUGUAAUGACAAACACAAUAACAAAUUCCACUCUAAUCUUCAAACUUAAUGAAUUGGGUUUGGCUUCAUGCAACAUUACAGAAUUUCCAAAGUUUCUAAAAACCCAAAAUGAUCUGGUUGAUAUAGAUCUUUCCAACAACAAAAUUAAAGGAAAGCUCCCCAAAUGGUUCUUUACCAUAGGGGCAGAGAACAUGUUAACAUUAAAUAUGUCUACAAAUUUCAUCAUCGGUUGGGAACAAGUGCCGAAAAUGCUUUCGCAAAAAGCGUUGGAAAUUCUGGAUUUAAGCUACAACAAAUUUCGAGACCCAUUACCAAAUGCUCUGCCAAUUCUUAUAAAUGAGUUGUACAUUUCAAAUAACAACAUCAGGGGGGAAAUUAAUCCAUUGUUCUGCAACAUUACUAGUCUAACAUAUCUAGAUUUGUCCAGUAACAACUUCAAUGGUGAGAUUCUUCCUUGUUUGGGUUCCAUUAGCUCCCUUGGAUGGUUGAGAUUGUCUAACAACAAAUUUGAGGGCUCUAUUCCAUCAUCUCUUUGGAAUUUGACUCAGCUUUCUUAUUUGGAUCUCUCUAAAAAUAGGCUUUCUGGCAGAAUCCCUCAGCUGGGAAAUAACUCAAUGUUUUUCACUUUAAGCAAUCUCGAAGUUCUUGAUGUCUCAAAUAAUCAACUAAUCGGCUCUAUUCCACAAUGCUUGGGUAGUUUCAGCCAAGAUCUUCAAGUGGUGGGGACUCCCGAUUUAAGCCACAAUAACUUAAGUGGUGAGAUUCUUCCAUAUUUGGGUUCCAUUAGCUCCCUUCGCUGGUUGUCAUUGUCUAACAACAAAUUUGAGGGUUCUAUUCCAUCAUCUCUUGGGAAUUUGACUCAGCUUUCUUAUUUGGAUCUCUCUAAAAAUAGGCUUUCUGGCAGAAUCCCUCAGCUGGGAAAUAACUCAAUGUUCUGCACAUUCAGCAAUCUCGUAGUUCUUGAUGUCUCAAAUAAUCAGCUAAUCGGCUCUAUUCCACAAUGCUUGGGUAGUUUUAGCAAAGAUCUUCAAGUGUUGAACAUGAAAGAGAACAAUUUUAGUGGAGAGAUGCCUCAUAUAUUUGUGGAUGGAAGCAAACUAAUUACGCUAGACCUAAGUCAUAAUCAACUAGAAGGAAUGGUUCCACAAUCUUUAGCCAAAUGUAAUGAAUUACAAAUUCUUAAUCUCGGACACAAUCGACUGAUUGACACGUUCCCUUUUUGGUUACAAAAUUUGACAAAUUUGAAAGUUCUUGUACUGCGCUCCAACAAAUUUCAUGGUCCAAUAUGGGAUCCAAACAAGUAUAUGGGCUUUAAGAAACUGCAGAUUGUUGAUCUCUCUUUCAAUCAUUUCAGUGGAACAUUGUCAUCACAUUAUUUUACCAAUUGGAGUGCCAUUAAUACACUCAAUACCGGUGCAAAUAAGUCAAGGUCGUUGUACAUGGAUGAGGAUGACCGUAGUUACUACCAAGAGUCGCUAGCCGUGACGAAUAAGGGAUUCGAAAUGGAAUUUGUAAGAAUCUUAACAAUCUUCUCUUGUAUCGAUAUCUCAAACAAUAAUUUUCAUGGUGAAAUUCCAAAAUCUGUUGGGGAUCUUCGGUCACUGAUUGUGCUAAGUUUAUCAAGUAACAAUUUUGAAGGCCACAUUCCACUAUCAGUUGAGAAUAUGAAACAACUUGAAUCAUUAGAUUUGUCCAACAACAAGCUCUCUGGAAGAAUUCCUCAAGAAUUGGCAACUCUAACAUUUCUUGAGUAUCUCAACCUUAGUAAUAACCAACUUACUGGGAUGAUACCACAAAGCACACAAAUGAGUACAUUUCCAAAAUCUUCAUUUUAUGGAAAUGUUGAGUUAUGUGGUUUGCCAUUGUCAGAGUGUGAAGACAAUAAUGAUAAGAUGCCAAGUACUAGACUUGAUCAUGAAUCUGAAUUUUGGAGUGGUUUUGGUUGGAAAGCAGUGGCUAUAGGAUAUGCAUGUGGUUUUCUUGGUGGACUGUUGGGUGGAUAUCUCUUCAUUUCCAAGAAAUAGAAAAGGAGUGAGUGAAUAAAGGGAGCUUCACAUAGGAAUGAUUUGAUUUGAUGAUCUUAUAUGAAGUGUGUUCAUUUUGGACCUUUAUCUUACUCUUUCGUUAUGUUGCAACUAAUAUUUAUCUCUCGUUUGUUAAUCUACCUUUCAACUCUGGUUUGUUGUUCACAUAUACAUUAUAUAUAUGUUAUUCUUGUCAUUUUUGGUUACUUAGUUAUAUGACAAAAUUCUCUA